AGAGAAAUGUAUACUUCACCACGCACUUCCCUCUCCGCGGUGAGCUAAUUAAGCACCACUAGCUAUCCGGAUUUUGUAAGAAUUAUGUGGACUCUACAGCCCUUUACAAAUAUGCAUGACUCUGGUGAGAAUGUGUAGACUAGAUUGUAUAUUUUGGACUAUAUAUUGAAUUUACUAGAAAAAGUGAAAUUUUAUAUUUCACAUUCAAACGUGGAAAAAUAUAGAUAUAUUAAACAGAAUUACUUUGAAAAUUGGAAUACGCUUGUUCCAAAUAUUUAAUUUUGGGGUUGUUUUGCGCAAAGACAUAUUUCGGAACAUUUCUUUAUCUGUUUUUGUUAUUGUUAUUAUUAAUAUUUUCCACCCCUUUUUCUGAAAAGCUUGCUUCCUUUCUGACUCAAACAGCAGAGUCAGUCAUGUUAAUAUAAUAUUUUGAGCAACGAAUUCACUAGCUAUAAGCAUAAUUGCAUUCUUUCAACGAAUACCUGUAUUUCUAUUUUCAUUACGCACUAACUGCUUCAGGUUUCCUACAGUGUUUUAUGCCUACAUUUUACUGUAAAUAGGUGUUUAUCGCGCAUAUUAUUACUAGUAUUUUGAACCCUUUCUGAUUAAUACAAUUUUCAACAAGUGAAGAAGAGCUCGUUUUUUCAUUGACUGGAACCACGGAAGGCGGAACUAACUUACGCACAAAUCACAAAGCACUACGUCGCUCGGUGUAGAGCGCUAGAGCGAAAGCAGCCUGUCAGCGGCCCUGAAAAAAAGGGGAAAGGGCUGGCCUUACUGACUCACAGUCCAAAACUUGGGUUGCGCGUCCAUCAGAAAACAGCUUAGAAAAAUCUCAGCUGAAGAGAGAGGAAGGUCUGGUGCAUGUCACGUACUGAUCCGCAAAAUUACAAUUAAGAUUUCUUCGUGCGCAAUUUGGAGGACAGUUUUCGACUCACUGGUGCAUCCUGAGAUUCUGCAGCGCAGCAUUUCACCGAUCGAGACAGAAGCGUCAGAAAGGUGUUCUUUUCAAAGUUUAAACUGGACUUGUUUGUUUUGGUGUGUGCGCAAUGAUGGCCACUUACCAAAACCCAGAGGAUGACGCAAUGGCCCUAAUGAUCCACGACACCAACACGACCAAGGAGAAAGAGCGCCCAAAAGAGGAGCCGGUUCAGGACAAAGUCUCCGAGAAGCCGGAUCCGUCCCAGAAACCGCCGUACUCCUAUGUCGCUCUCAUUGCCAUGGCUAUCCGGGAGAGCUCCGAGAAGCGCCUCACGCUGUCCGGCAUAUACCAGUAUAUAAUCACCAAAUUCCCCUUCUACGAGAAGAACAAGAAAGGUUGGCAGAACAGCAUCAGACACAACCUGAGUCUUAACGAAUGCUUCAUAAAGGUGCCGCGGGAGGGCGGCGGCGAGAGAAAGGGGAAUUACUGGACCCUCGACCCAGCCUGUGAGGACAUGUUCGAGAAGGGGAACUACAGGCGACGCCGCAGGAUGAAGCGGCCUUUCAGACCCCCACCAACGCACUUCCAGCCGGGGAAGGCCUUGUUCGGAGGGGACAGCUAUGGCUACCUUUCUCCACCCAAGUACCUGCAGUCUAGCUUUAUGAACAAUUCCUGGUCGUUGGGCCAGCCGCCCACUCCGAUGCCCUACACGUCCUGUCAGAUGGCCAGCGGCAACGUGAGUCCAGUGAACGUCAAGGGGCUGUCAGCCCCCUCAUCAUAUAACCCUUACUCCCGAGUGCAGAGCAUGGCGCUCCCCAGCAUGGUGAACUCUUACAACGGCAUGAGUCACCAUCACCAUCCCCAUCAUACCCAGCAGCUGAGCCCUGCCACCGCGGCACCACCUCCGGUCUCCUCCAGUAACGGAGCCGGCCUUCAGUUCGCGUGCUCCCGUCAGCCCGCGGAGCUCUCCAUGAUGCACUGCUCAUACUGGGAACAUGAGACCAAACACUCGGCGUUACACACGAGGAUUGAUAUUUGAAGUUUACCAACUGGUCCGUGCAAAAAUGAAGACUCUGGGAGAGAGAGACAGAGAGGUAAUUCCUGUGAUUUCAAAACAGAGCCGACAGUAUUUUGAAGAGACCACUCUGACUCAGAUCUCUUCGGUUCCAAGCUGACAUCUAAAUGCCGACGGGGAGCUAUAUGCACGAGGUGAUGCUGAGAAAGUUUUAUGAAAUGGAAACAGGAGGUAAAGGAGUCAUCGGCUGCUCAUUCAUCAGGUAGCACAACCUCUGGGAGCCAUUUCGUGCGCCUGUAUUACACUUGGACUGAUGGCCAUAACUCGGUAUUGUAAAAUCAAAAUUGUGAAAUGAAAAACUGAUUAUUUUGAAUGGAUAGACAUUGCUGACAUCGGUCCAGCUGUAUUUUUGGUGUGCGUAAUGAUUUGUCUCAGCUUUCCUUCGGCUUACUGCCGAAAGACGUCCUAAUGAAGUCAGAGUUUUAAUGUGUGAUUAAAUCAGAGCUAAUUUUGGCUUUCUUAGUAAGCUGCACCGAGAAAGGCCUGCACGGUGAUACUUCACCUCCUGCUAUAGUUGGAUACUUUGUUAGGUUUAAAAGGUGUGGGUAGAGAUCCAGCAAACUACCAAAA